GGGUCCCGGCAUGCCCGCUUCUGUGAAGGCGUUGGGCCAGGCCAGGCCCUCGGGAGCCAGUAUGGCCCCCCAGGCUCGCUGCUGCUCCCCCGCCGCCCUGCAGAGGCGGCUUCCCAUCCUGGCCUGGCUGCCGGACUACUCCCUGGAGUGGCUGAAGUUGGACUUCAUCGCCGGGCUGUCCGUCGGGCUCACGGUCAUCCCGCAGGCGCUGGCCUAUGCCGAGGUGGCCGGCCUCCCGCCCCAGUACGGCCUCUACUCUGCCUUCAUGGGAUGCUUCGUGUAUUUCUUCCUGGGCACCUCCCGGGACGUGACGCUGGGCCCGACGGCCAUCAUGUCCCUCCUGGUCUCCUUCUACACUUUCCACGAGCCUGCCUAUGCUGUGCUGCUGGCCUUCCUGUCCGGCUGCAUCCAGUUAGCCAUGGGCUUCCUGCGCUUGGGCUUCCUGCUGGACUUCAUCUCCUGCCCCGUCAUCAAAGGUUUCACGUCGGCUGCCACCAUCACCAUCGGCUUCGGGCAGAUCAAGAACCUGCUCGGACUGCAGGGCGUCCCCCGCCAGUUUUUCCUGCAAGUGUAUCACACCUUCCGCAACAUCGGAGACACCAGGGUGGGUGACGCCGUGCUGGGGCUGGUCUGCAUGGUGCUGCUGCUGGUGCUGAAGCUGAUGCGGGACCACGUGCCCCCCGUCCACCCUGAGAUGCCCCCGGGCGUGCGGCUCAGCCACGGGCUGGUCUGGACGGCCACAACAGCUCGCAACGCACUGGUGGUCUCCUUUGCCGCCCUGGUCGCGUACUCCUUCGAGGUGACGGGACACCAGCCUUUCGUUCUGACCGGGCAGACGGCUCAGGGGCUGCCCCCGGUCCGCCUUCCUCCCUUCUCAGUGACCACAGCCAACAGGACCAUCUCCUUCAGCGAGCUGGUACAGGACAUGGGGGCUGGGCUGGCCGUGGUGCCCCUGAUGGGCCUCCUGGAGAGCAUCGCCGUGGCCAAGUCCUUUGCUUCUCAGAAUAAUUACCGCAUCGACGCCAACCAGGAGCUGCUGGCCAUCGGCCUGACCAACGUGCUGGGCUCCUUUGUCUCCUCCUACCCGGUCACGGGCAGCUUUGGACGGACGGCCGUGAAUGCGCAGUCGGGGGUGUGCACCCCAGCGGGCGGCCUGGUGACAGGCGUGCUGGUGCUGCUGGCGCUGGACUACCUGACGGCGCUGUUCCGCUACAUCCCCAAGUCCGCCCUGGCCGCCGUCAUCAUCAUGGCCGUGGCCCCGCUCUUCGAUGCCGGCAUCUUCAGGACGCUCUGGCGCGUGAAGAGUACGUGUGUCCUCGCCCGUCACACGCAUGCACCCCGGACUCUCCCCACCGUCUUCCGGGACCUGCGGGGCACCGUUGCUGCUGGGGGGCUGGACCUGCUGCCGCUCUGUGUGACGUUCAUGCUGUGCUUCUGGGAGGUGCAGUACGGCAUCCUGGCCGGCACCCUGCUCUCCGCCCUGAUGCUCCUGCACUCUGUGGCCAGACCCAAGAUGCAGGUGUCGGAGGGGCCGGUGCUGGUCCUGCAGCCAGCCAGCGGCCUGCACUUCCCGGCCGUCGAGGCCCUCCGGGAGGCGACACUGAGCCGGGCUCUGGAAGCGUUGCCCCCGCGCUGCGCGGUGCUGGACUGCACCCACGUCUGCAGCAUUGACUACACCGUGGUGCUGGGGCUCCAGGGCCUCCUGGGGGACUUCCAGAGGCACGGUGUCACCCUCGCCUUCGUCGGCCUGCAGGUGCCUGUGCUUCGCGUCCUGCUGUCCGCCGACCUGAAGGGUGCCCAGUACUUCUCCACGCUGGAAGAGGCAGAGAAGUACUUGCGGCAGGAACCCGGGCCCCAGCCCUACAACGCCAGCGAAGCUUCCGUUCCCGAACACAAGGUCGCCCUGCUGAAGGCCUGAUGGGGGCGCCGACGGGCGACCGAGGCUCGGGGAGUCUCGAGGAAGGUUCUUGACGCCGUGAUGCUGCUCGUCACCCUGGAAGCACGCCUGGAAGCACGCCGGGCUGAGGGCACUGAGCAGGUGGCCCGGGAAGGAGGAGGGAAGCCACCCCCAGGACCCACAGGUGGGGCUCACCGCCUGAAUUUGGGGCGACUGAAAGUUUACCUCCCUUCUGCUCCCUGGGCACCAACCUUUUCCUGAAGAGUGGUUUGAAGUCAGCCUUCUAGAAUGACCGAGCACGUGAGGAAGAAGGGGCGGGACUUCCGCCCGAUCCCGGGGAGGGGUCCCCGCGCCCCAGCGCCUUCCUGGUUACAGGGGAAGCUGGGGGCGGGCAGGCCGGAGGUGGGGCCCGGUCUGGGUGGCGGCGUCUGUGUUAUUGGGGAGAAAACCAGGUUGUGCCAAACGACUUCGACGUGUCUUGUUAAAAAUAAUUUUGUCGCUGCUGUUUUUUAAAUUAAAAGUGUGACGGCUUUGGUGUUCUCGUAAAAGUCGUAAAUGCCUCUUGUCAAAGCUGCGGGGCACCAUCUCCUCCGUCCACACCGGGGGGUGUCCAGACCCCGUCCCCACGGCGCGUGUCGUGUCUGUCCGUACUCAGCACGCGGGUGGUGCGUGACGGUCGUGCGCGGACCGGGUCCCUUCAUACGCGGUGCCCCGUGACCCGUACCCUCGUGCAGCCCUUGCUGGGAGUGACUCGUUGUGAUAAUAAAUAGAAUCUGUGACUCGCA